AUGCCGACGGAUAGUGGGCAUGUGGUGUCGUUUGCAUUUGGGAGCAACUGUCUUCGGAAAUCACCUAUGCCUGACCGGCUUGAUGAAUCCCAGAUACCCCACGAUAUCCUAUCACCGUCGGUAGAUGUGGCUGAAGGGAAUUCUCCAGCUGGAGAAAAUGAGCUUGGGAUCAAUCUGCCGGCAGAAUACUUUACUGAGGGUCAAACCCUAUCACAGACUCGUGUUGUGAAUGGUGCUGAUGAAAUGCUUUCUGCUCUUAAAGCACAGUACCUUGAAGCCCUGUAUAUCUCAAAGACGUCUGUCGCGUAUUUUGCAAAGGGCCCGCUCUCCCGUGCACGCGCUGCUUUCCAGAAUAUGGACGAUACCUCCUCCAUGAGGCCAAUGGUCUUGUAUCACUAUUAUUACUCUUGUAUCAUUCCUAUGAAGAAAAUGGACGCGAAAUACAGGGACUCUCUCCCAAAGAUAGUGGCGAAUAUCAACCAGUACCCAUCGGAGGGGGAUGAAACCGCUCCUAUACAAAAGAAGAGACGCAAGAGCAAGAAGAAAACCCUGGGCAAGGAUGGUUUAUACGCUGAUGAAGAAGAGUUUAUUUCCAAGUGGUGGAAGUCGACAUACGAAACCGACUCUUCUAUGAGAAGGUCUGCAUUAGAGGGACAGGUAAAACGCUUGAUCGAGGAUAUUCGCAUGCGUGAGACGCAAUUACAGAUCUUAUUGAUUCUGGAGAUCAUGCUUCUUGAAGGCAGCAUCGGGGAUCCGAAUGAGCCAGGCGAUGGUGAUACCGAGAAACCUAAAAAGAGGACGAAAAAGCCGCAAAACAUGGCUACUGCUCUAGAAUUGCUUCUGGACAGGUUAUGCAUUUGGCAUGCAGUCAGCUUCAAUGGUCUUCCAGUUGACACGUUGAGUGAUUCAAAUAAAACGUCAACUGGAUCGGGGAAGCCAUCGAAUAAUGAUAAGCUCCGUGAUUUCUGCACAGAAGUUAUCAUACCGUUCUACUCUGCACGUCUCCCAGAGCAAUGCCAGGUCAUCAAUCGCAAGCUAGGAGGCCCGACUGUGUCAUCGCCUGCUCGACCAAGUCGGUCCAACGCGAAGCGGACAUCGAAUCAUGCGUCUAAAUCUGUCAAAGGAUCGCAAUCAAAAAGAACUCUACAACGCGUGAGGACUGACGAGAAGAUCCCUACCCGGCCGAAAGUCCCCAGUCUACUGCGAAACAAUACUGCUCCCGCCGUGACGGAUAUAAAACGUGAAACCAGCGAACAGGCUUCGUUCUCCACUUCAACGGGCGGGAGAGGCGGAAUUCAAAAGCCAAAGCGGGUCAACAACCGUGAGGUGGAUCUUGAAGCUGUGGCCAAACAACACGAGUCGAAAAUGAAAAGGAUGAAUCUUCUUGUGGACCAAAAGCGAGAGUUGGAUGCUGCUAUCCAUGCGCUUAGAAAGCCGAAUCGAGAACUAGUCUCCCGAGAUUUUGUUGACUCGGCUGAGAAGAGAUCGUCAUCUACCACCGGUGCUCAUCCUAGAAAGCAGAAGCAUCCCACGCGAAAUCCGUUUGGUCAGGGCGUGCAAGUUAUGGCGACGCCCAAGGGUCCAAGAACAAAGGAUUGCGGGUUUGCAGAUCUACCUUCGUUGCCGAGUACAUGGAAACGGUCAAAGCCAGCCAUGGCUGCAGAACCAGUUCCUGAUGCAGAUACCCUGGUGGUACCGUCCUCGACCAUCCGUCCUACAAACUCGAACUUGCUAUCAAGGAGUCAGCCAGUACUCGGUAUCUCCAGACGGAGUGAACUCGUCCAUGAAACGCCAUCGAAACCACCCUCAAACGGGGUAAAACGAGACUUCACUUCCAACCCAAUUGACAGUGCUACCGAGCAUUCAUUUCCACAAGCAGAUAUCAGCCCUACUCUUUUCCGCAAGUCGAACCCACACCACUUUAACAUCAGCUCGAUAAAAUUUGGCCUCAACACCAUGGCCAAUGGUACUACCGAAAUUGGCGAGACGCCUCCUAGGCCCAAACAGACGGUGUUCACCAGUGGCCCAACGGCGCCUCCACAGAUCAAUUUUGUGCAGCCGAGCACUCCUGCUAAGCGCAGUGGCCAGCAGAGCAUGGCUGUCACGACACCUCUCCAGAGGCUGGCUGGUGAUGAUGCGAAUAGAACGAUUGACGAAACGCCCGAGAAAUCGAUUUACGAACGCUUGGGAUGGACUAAUAAUGAUGAUGACGAUGAUGAUGAAUUGGCGUUUUUCUAA